AUGCUAGCGAGUCUCGGUGAUAAUACAGACAGUCAUACUAAUCAACGGUGUCGCCGUGUAUUCUUGGUUACUGAUAGUACACGUGGUCACGUCGCGAGCGACGAGGAGGGGGGGGUGGGGGACUGUGAUGCAGACACGAUACUAUCCGCUCCAAGGUUCGCGCUAGGUGGCUGCUGUAUGCCUAGUUUCCUUCAGUCAGUGCUUCUUGAACAAGAAGAAAGUGAAGAUGAAAUGUCAUCAGCUAUAGACGAUACAGACAGCGAUCCUGACUACGAUCCAAGCGGCUUCAGGGAUCAGCCUCAUACUCCUGAUUUGAAAAAGUAUCGAAAGGGGCUCUUUCGUGAAGAUUGUUAUAAGGCUCCGAAAGUUAGAGAAAUGUAUGUUGGUCAAGAUAUAAAAGGAAAAAAGGGUUCAGGUAAGUUUGCAUACAUUACGCCUUAGUUGAACUUAUUUAUA